AUGUGCGAAAUUUUCGAAAUUAGAGCACCAGCCGAAAAGUCGAGCGAUGACUGGGAUGCUAACAAGGCAAAGUUGCACUCAGCAUGUGCCUGUAUCUCAACAAAAGCACUGGGAUCAGAUUGUCAUACCAAACGAUCAAGCGGUCUUGCAGCUUUUGCGGUUGGCUCGAUUGCCGCAUCUUAUAACAUUGCAAAUUUUCUUUGGGGACCAGUGCCCAGUUCAGAACUCAACGACGAAGAGCUGUACCCAUUAACGGCCACUGUGGUUAUUGACGCAUACAGGAUUGCGCUGGCAGUGACCUGCUUGCUGAAACAUUUCAUCUGGCAAGAGUUCGCAUUCUUCUACGCACUGAACAGGGAGGACAAGCCGUGUCAGUAUUUCGAAGAAGAUAUGGAGCGAGCAGUGAAUUUCGUUGGAGGAUUGACAGUUACGUUUAAGCGAAUUGUGGAUUUUGAUUCACCACAAGCUGUGCAGCAAGCCUUACGGGAUUUCAAGUCACGUGCAAGAAUUAUGGUUGUAUGUUUUGAUCGAAGAUAUCAAAUUGUGCCGUUCAUGCUCGCCGCUCACAAUCAAAAUAUGACAACUGCCGAAUACGUUUACAUUUUGCCGAUGAUCAUUGCAAGAGGAUACGUGGAUGAGCAAGGAGAGUACUUGUGGCAGUCAUCGGCCCAAGCAGGUCACAGUUUAAAAGAAGCAUUCUCCCGCGUCAUCCUUCUAAGCAGUGUAUGUAGCUAUUCCACAUUAUCUGGCCGAGCUUAUGCGACCAUGAGACUGUAUCUUCAUGAAUAA